AUGUUUACUCCUGAACAAUUUGCCGCUAAUUAUUAAAUCAAUUUUUCCAAAUUAAUAGGCAAAGGACAUGAUAGUACAGUAUUUUUGACUAUGAACAAAUAAACAAAACAACAAUUUGCAUUAAAAUGUUUAGCAUAAACAAUUGAGUAAAAUGCAAUUAAUUUAUUCGUAAUUAUAAUAUGAUAUUUUCAAGAGAACGAGAUCCAAAUACUUCGUCACAUUCAACAUCCACAAAUUAUAACAAUGAUUGGAUAUUGUUCAGAUUGUUCUUGUAUGUUACUUGAAUUAAUGUCUAAUGGUUCUCUUUAUAAAAUCUUACUUUAAGGUCCUUUACCUUUAGCUAUAGCAAAUGGAAUCAUAAUUUAAUUAGCAUAAGCAUUAUAAUAUCUUCAUAACAAAGGAAUAACUCAUGGAGAUAUUAAAUUAGAUAAUUUGCUAAUUUCUGGAGAUUACACUAUAAAAAUUUGUGAUUUUGGAUUUGCUAAAAUAAAUGGAUAAACUCCAAUACCUAAAACUACAAUUUCUGGUAGUGAAGGAUAUACAGCACCUGAAAUAUGGUAAAUUCCUACAGAUUUGAAAAAAUGUGAUAUGUUUUCAUUAGGAGUAGUUUAUUUUAUUAUGGUAACUGGACAUCCUCCUUUUGAAUCAAAUAAUCCAUAGAUUGAAGAUACAUGGUGGAAACUUAUUAAGAAAGAAGAAUGGAAUAUAUUUUGGAAAGAAUUAAAGUUAACAAUAUUACCAGAAUAUGUUAGAACAAUUAUUUAAAAACUACUAUGUGUAAACUAUCAGAUGAGAUUCUCAGCUGAUGAAAUAAUUUAAAUACUUAUAGAUAAAUCUGCUACAUCAGUUUAAAUAGUUGAUGAGAUAAAAAAAAGAAUUAUCUAAUAAAAAUGA